CUACACUACUACUAGUACUAUAUACUAUUAGUAUUAUAUUUGCAUGCAAUAUAUAUACCAUAGCAGAAACACGUAACGUUACAUGUAUUUGCUAUUCGUGCACAUUUUAAUCGACAAUAAUAAAUAAUCCAUCUACGUGAUCUAUAUUAGAAUGUCCUUAGGGUAGGGUGUAAAUACAUAGAAUAUAUCAUGAAGUUCAAUAUGUGUAAAAUUUUAAGAAAUUUGCCAGAAGUGUACAUUUAAUUCAUAGGAUUUGUUUUGAAAUUAUCCCAAUUUAUCUAAAACCAUCAAAAUAUUUUCUGAUGUUGGGUAGAUGACGCAAAGUUGUAUUUUACAAUAAUAUUUUGUCUUUGAUAUCUCUACAAAUUAAUGAUAGCCAUUUCCUCAUAAAGGUAGUGUUGUGAAUAAUGCGCGUAUGAAUAUUUAGAAAAGUACGUACGUCUAUCUGAACGGCUGGGAAUUCUGACAGAAAUGAAAAUAUAAAAUCAACUUCACAUUUGAAAAUGUAUCAGGAUAUGAACUGCAAAAACUUAACGUCAGCAUACUUGCCAUGAAUUGCGAACGCGCCUCAUGAAGUAUUACGGCGUAAAGAGUCGUGUACGUUAUUUGUACCUGUGUGUGCCUCAUAUCAUCAUAAUGUAGUUUUGUACAUAUUCCACCAUUUAAACAUCACCUGGAUUUAAAGUUUUAUUUUUAACAUAUAUCGACCGAUUGACACUUAAUGAAGAACAUUGGAUAUUCGCCAAUUACCAUUCUAAUAUUUUUAUUAUUAGAACCGGUGAAAUAGGUCACGAGAUGUACAUCAUAUAAAGAUAAACACAUGACCCCACCUCUGAUGUGUCCAGAAGUUUGUGUUUGCCCUUCUCUUAAUUUUGUAUUCUAUAUGGAAUUUAUGAGAUUGAUGACUGUCCGUUGUCUGCCCUUGUUUAUAUAAAGGCGUUGGGAGAUGGGAUCAUAAUUCCAGAUUGUAGUAAAGAAUCUAAAGCGAUUAGGAUGGCCGAUUGUACAGAACUUCAUAAACGUCCAGUUCAGGUGUCAGAAAUCGCAUCUGUUUACAAGUGGGACAUAGUCGUGGCUUUUGACAUAGGAACAAGUUACUCAGGUUAUGCUUACAGUGACAAAAAAGAGAUCAAGACAAAUUCUGUUACUCUCAACGAAUGGACGGGAAAUCUUCCCAUAGAUUCCAAAGCUAAAGCGCCUUCUACCAUUUUGUGCAAUGAGGACAAGACGUUCCACUCGUUUGGUCACGAUGCAGAGAAAUUUUACGCCGAACAGGCCUCGCACAAAGCGCAUACCAAAUGGUAUAGAUUUCGGAACUUUAAAAUGGCACUUUAUCAUGAAAAGGAUAUUGGGGAGACUUUUGAAAUUCAAGAUGACAGGAAAUCUACCUCCAUGCCAGCAAUAGACGUGUUUGCGUACGCGAUACAGUCCCUGAAGAGUCAUUUUGAAGAAGCUAUCACAGACCGAGGGAUAACGGCCGACUCUGACAACACCCUCUACGUCAUAACAGUCCCUGCUAUUUGGCCAGAAUCUGCAAAACAGUUUAUGAAGAAAGCUGGAUUGAAGGCAGGAAUACCAGAACACCAGAUUUUACUUGCACUGGAACCAGAAGCAGCCGCCCUUUAUUGCAAAACCUUAGAAGACCAUACCCUUACAAGAGAUUUUUCUCCAGAAACAAAGUAUAUGGUGUUAGAUAUGGGAGGCGGAACUGUGGACUUAGUUGUGCAUGAAGUUUUGAAGAACGGGUCAUUAGUCGAGGUGUAUAAAGCAUCUGGAGGUGACUGGGGAGGAAAUAUCAUAGACGCAGAAUUCGUCGCAUUCCUCAAAAAAUUCUUCGAAAACGAUAAAUGUUUGGAAGAACUGUGGAAUUCAGCCCCUGAAGAUGCACUGGAUUUUGAAAGAGACUUCGAAGCGAAAAAACGACAAGUUAGCAACAGCCUCUCUGGUAAAAUACGACUUACUCUCCCACUGAGAUUGCAACAAUUUCCCAAUAAACUUGUAAAAGACCCCAAGAAGAAGGAUUCAAUAUCAUUUGCACACAUGUAUGUUCAAAAUGAAGAGUUCAAACAAUUCUUCGCUGUCAUCAAAGACAAAAUCAUUUCUCUCAUUAAAAACAUCCUGAAAGAAACAGGGAAAAUAGAUCUAGUACUACUCGUUGGAGGAUUGUCAAGUUCAAAGUAUAUUUUUCAAGAAAUCAAGCAACAUCCUAGUUUUUCCGGAAUAAAGUUUAUUUCACCCAAGGAUCCAGGUUUGGUGGUUUUGAAAGGAGCCGUUUUAUUUGGUCAUAACCCUCAGGCAGUAACAGCCAGGGUAUGCAGAUAUACGUACGGGAUUGGGGUUUUAAAAGACUUCGAUGAACGAAUUCACCCAAAUAGCAAAUGCGCCAUAGUGGAUGGCGACAAAGUGUGCCAAGAUGUACUUGAUGUCCUGGUGUACGAAGGCGAUACCGUCCAUUAUGACGAAACAAUGACCUAUACUUCCCAUAGUUCACAUCGUCAGAGGAACCAGAAAAAUGCCCUUAUAAAGAAAGAACUCUUUCAAGCAAGAGGUGUCGUCAAAGGUAAACCAACUUUCGUUACUGAUGAUGGUGUCGAGUCCGUCGGGAAAUUUUUAAACCAUCCACCUGAAGGUGGUUGGUCAGAUUUAGUGAACUUCGAAACGAAAUUCUACUUUGGUCAGACAAAUAUCCGAAUAGAGGACUAUGACAUCACAAAUAAAGUUCAAAUUAAGUGUGAAUUUGAACUAGAUGAAUACAAGACAGGUGUUUCACCUUAGCAUGUGGAGGUGGACAGGAUAAAAGGGAAGGAGAGACAGAAAUGAACCACCAAGCCUACCCACCUCAGCAAUCACACCCAAGAAACAAAAUAAGGAAUUCAACAGUGACAAACAACGCCCGCAUGAUAGAGGACGUUAAGAUACUGAAUGCGACAUCAAAACUGGGUCCCAUAAACCAAAGCAUCGCCACAAAAUAGGUAUUCCAAGUCUCCAAACACAAGACGGUUUGCUAAAUUUACUACAUCAUGGGACUAAAGACACAGUGACGUUACAUGAUGGUGGUCGAUGACAUCGUCUCGUUCCUCCCAAAACACCACCACCUGGUCACCUGGUGUGGUUACUACAGUGCCGUGUAUAUCUACAUACAUUGUAUAUCUAACAACAUUAAAAACAUGUUGCCAUCAA